ACCUAGAGCAGGCAUGGGUGGGUCACAGGCUUUGGAGAGCACUCUCUGUCCUGAUCUUUUCAGUUGAGAGACUUCAGCUGUUCAUUGCUCAUUUGGACUUAGUUCAAGGUCAUGUCAAAGAAGAAGAAUUUUGGGUGUCACCAGGUAAACAGAGCCCUCAGCAUCUGAAUAGAAACUGAACAGGAACAGAAGAGAUUACACUACAUCUGAGAUGGAGACCUUUCCUCUGCUGCUGCUCAGCCUGGGCCUGGUUCUUGCAGAAGCAUCAGAAAGCACAAUGAAGAUAAUUAAAGAAGAAUUUACAGACGAAGAGAUGCAAUAUGACAUGGCAAAAAGUGGCCAAGAAAAACAGACCAUUGAGAUAUUAAUGAACCCGAUCCUGUUAGUUAAAAAUACCAGCCUCAGCAUGUCCAAGGAUGAUAUGUCUUCCUCAUUACUGACAUUCAGAAGUUUACAUUAUAAUGACCCCAAGGGAAACAGUUCGGGUAAUGACAAAGAGUGUUGCAAUGACAUGACAGUCUGGAGAAAAGUUUCAGAAGCAAACGGAUGGUGCAAGUGGAGCAAUAACUUCAUCCACAGCUCCACGGAAGUGAUGCGCAGGGUCCACAGGGCCCCCAGCUGCAAGUUUGUACAGAAUCCUGGCAUAAGCUGCUGUGAGAGCCCAGAACUGGAAAAUACAGUGUGCCAGUUCACUACAGGCAAACAAUUCCCCAGGUGCCAAUACCAUAGUGUUACCUCAUUAGAGAAGAUAUUGACAGUGCUGACAGGUCAUUCUCUGAUGAGCUGGUUAGUUUGUGGCUCUAAGUUGUAAAUCCCACAGAGCUUUAGGACUAGGGUCUUUCGAAAGAAGGACCUCUUCUUGUUCAUUCUUGUUUAAACCUUUCCUUAAUAUCUACUCUUUAGCACUACAGUGAACUCCUGAUUAUUUAUUCUAACUGGAGGAGUGAAAAAUCCAAAAUUGUGGAUAAUUCAAUUAAAAGUUAUGACUGAUACUGGCGUGCAGAUUCUUCUCUCUCUAUCUCUCUCUCUGUGUGGGGGGAGGGUGGGGGGGGUGUAAAACAAACUGAAUUUCAUCCUAGCUCAGCUAUAAAGCCAAGAAACAGAAUCCACCUAACUAGGCAGAAUUAAGGAAACAAGGACUAAAGCCGAUAUGGACAAUGAAAAGCUAAUUGUACUGCCAAUGAUACUAUUCAGACAAAUAGUGAAUGAGUGUGACAUAUAUUAUUAUCACUACUCUCUUCAAAGGGUAUGUGCUCACCCUUGUGUGAAUUGAUGUAUGCACAUAACAAAGAGUCUGCCUGUCCUUCAGGAAAUGCCAGAGGAAAAAGAUUCUUUGGCUGAGCUGAUGCUCUCAGUGUCAAUAGCUCCAGCCCUAUGCAAUCUCCAUUCUUCCACCCUCAUCUCUAUUUCACAGGUUGCUGUAAACAGAAGAAAAUUCUUAUUGUAAUCUUUAUUCAAGCCAAGUCUUGAUACCCUGGGGCUGUGGGAGAGGAAUGGCAAGCCGUGGAAGAAUAGAGGAGCCAGAAAGAUGGGAAUAGAAAGUCUGUGCUAAGUACCAGGCAGGACUGGUCUUCAACCUUGAUGUCUUAUGAUACUGUAGUUAAUUUUGUUCACUACCAGCUAUUUAUUUGCAAGCGUUCGUGGUUCAACAUUCUGCUUAAAGUAUGGACAGUUAUCUUCUUCAUCGAUGUGUGGCCAUAUGUUUCUAUUCCUCUCCUUAAAUCCUCCCUCCAUCCUGAGACCACUCUUUCUUAAUGUUCUAAUUUUAAAUAAAUGCAUGUAAGUGUAUGUAAA